AUGGCUCCCAUUCGACGAUACCUCCGCAUUAGCAAGUACUCUGUAUUAGAGUGCCGCAUCUAUUUAGAUUCCCCAUCCGAUUCACGAUGGCUCCUGAAUCCUCGCGACCCUGUUCUUCCCCGUGUCAUCGCUGCCAUCCAGCCCUUGGUCCUACCGAAGCUGCGUGAAGAGAAUCAGCGGCUAUUCUCGCGCAAAAAGGGUAAACCUGUUAAGGAUGUCAUAACUGAAGAUGAUUUUGAAAUAGCUAUUUUCCUUCGCGAAUCUCGCACCCGCCAUUCUCUUCUUACGCGUAAUAAGACAUUCCAUGGACACGGCGCACAGGACAACAACCCGGAUAUGGAGGCCAAGUCAGAGCAUGAUCCAGAGAUGGCUGCUCACACGUCUGGCUCUGUCAACGAUGAAAUCAUGAUCGAAAGCGACAGUGAGCCAGAAGGACUACACGACAUCCCCGAAUCUGCAGAUGAUACCGUGACAGCAAGUGGACGACCGAAAAGAAAGCACAAGCCCAAAAAUGACCAAGUAGAUCUCGACGAUCUCACAGGCAGCGAUGAAAAGAAGCUGCGUUUCAGUACGCACUACGAGAGCUUCAAUAUCUGCGGUUGGGUGCUGUGUCUGUUGAUCACGCGCAAGGGUGAUAAGACCAAACCAAGUGCUGCGACUUCUGAAACCAACCGACAGCCUUUGAUGGAAGAAUGGAUUUCAACCCAGGCUCAAGCAUCCGUAGAUGAUUAA